UUAGUAGCUUGCUGUUGCAGUGGUGUAUUUGUUCAUUCUAUUUGCUUCUAAUCGGACGAUAGAAACCGAUAAACAAGCAGCUAUUCACGAAGCUCACGUUAAGCUCGCCAAAAUGCGCUACCAACGCGGUUUGGGAAAGCUAAACCGUAAUUGACUACAAUUUUCUUAAACAAAGCUUAACCGUAAGCAUUGACAAGCUCCAUGUAGAGAAAGAUGGAAGGUAUUCAACAACAGCUGCACAAUAUCCUCCGACAUCUUAAUGCGGAAAAUGUAGAAGCGGCUAUCAACGUUUCUCGACUUCUUUCGCGUCUGUUGGACUGCUGCACUGAAGAGAGAAUCGUUAUAUGUCUGGAUAUAACUGCAAUUCUGACGUCCGUCACAGCGCCAGAAUACGCCUUUAUUGUCACUGCCCUGAGAGCCAUUGCUGCUGCUCUUCUUAGCCCCAACGCCAAGGCACCGAAGAUUGAGGCAGACGAUUCCAUUGAAAGCGCCCUCCGCCGCCAUGAAUGUGGCAACCAUGUCGAUCGUCUGAAAGCAAUAAUGGCCGAAGUGGAUUCAGUGAUGACCAGAUUACGGAUUGAUACAAACGAUGAUAAUGGAGAUCCUCCUUCAGCGCAGCACAUAGCCACCAGUUACAACAUUCAAACGCUCGGCCACUUGAUGACCAGCGCUUCUUAUUUUGAUCGAACCGGCACAACCUGCGCACAAGGUGAAGCACCCAUGUAUCUGUCCCUACUAAAAACGAUUGCUCUGGUAGCAACUCACUAUCUGCUCUUCGAAAGCCUGCGUGCUGGUCUGAUUGCCGCCGUACACGGUUCGCCCGGUGUCCGCGAGCAGACAGCAGUUUGGAAGGGUCAUUUAGCGGAGGCACUUAACGGCAUGGCCCUGGUUGACGGCGGCAAAGUGCACUUUGCCGCCUGUUACUUAUCAUCAGCGUCAAACGCAAUACUGGAAGGAUUUCGGCAGCAGAUUGGCUGCACUAAUUUUCUUCAGAGCAGCGCCCAACUGUUACCACAAAAGGCAGUUUAUAAUAUUGUAUCCAAGACGGGCGUGGAUUUUGGAGAUAUCCUUUUGCAUCCUUAUCCUCGUAUAUUUGAGGGACAAUCAUCAAACGAUCUGGAUGAUGGCAUCCGCGCGGCCAGUGCGCCUUUGGCGCUACCAUUCCCGCUGAAGGUAGCUGCAAUGGUCGCCGCAUCCGUCUUUGCUGGGAGUGGUACCGGUGUCCUUGCUGCGGAGAUCCUGGCUCAAAAUGCCCGAGCUGCAGCUGCUUCGGCGCCUGUGCCGGCGCGUUGGCGGACAGAACUUGCUGAAGACGGGAGUUACAAAUUAUUUCCUUCCUGUUCCAAUAGUGCGUGGGUCGCAGCUGAUGGCCGCUACGUCGUUAUACCGGAGACGUGUUACGGACCGUUUAUCUUCAUCCAGCUAAUCGACGGUUACACAAUAAUUUUGGAUAAGUGUACCAACCGAGACACUGGGAUGCAAGUACACACUGCUAAUUCCGCAAAAAGUUUACAGUGAAGCACAGCAAACGGUGAUCCAUCUAGAGCGGGACCUUCAACAGCAGCCCUGUUAGAAGAAGAGUAACUGAUAAUGCUUUGCUCAGGAAAGUUUGCUAUUUGCCGGGUAAUGAAGCGAAUGUGCGGAGUACUCUAACCAUGCUUUAACUGCAAAUAAAUCUGUGUUCCGGAGGAUUUAUAUGGAGUUAGUAAAAUCAGCUUGCUGCAUCGAACCCGUACAACACAACUGCCCCACACCCUGUGCUUGCUCCAUCAGGCCACCGUCCUCGUCAGCAACGUCCAUGAGGAAGUACCGAUCAUUUGGUGAUGAUAUUCUAGCAAGGCUGCACCGGCAUUCAGAAGUCAGAACCUACAAAGCACAGAGAAUAGCGCGUGCAAAAAACGCUGGUUAAUAUCGGGCGAAAAGCUUUCUAGGUUUCUAGGGGUCUGUCGAACUGGCGAUAGAGUCCAAAUUGACAUAUUGUAAUGGUAAUUAAUUAAAAGCACCAACAGAGCUUGUAUCUGGAGAAGUGCAUACCCUUCCCGCUAGUCGACACUGCUGCGAAUCGGGAUAACACUACUGAAAAAGCUGUCGGGCAGAAAGCUUGCGAAUAUGAUGCGGUGAUGGGUAAACGGAAACAUUAACGGUGUCGAGUUUGGGCUACUGCGUAUAUAAAAAAAGCCGGUUUUAUGGGCAACAGGGCAAGUACCCCUUGUACUUGCUGCCGUCAACUGGCCGGUGUUUUACGUGGUGGCUAAACAUGGCGCUUACGUAGCGCGCCUGAUUUGAGCAUGUGUACUGCCGCAACGACAGCAAGUGCUGGGAUUCCUUGCCUGCGCAACUCUCAGCCCCUUUUUUCAAUGUACGGAUGUACUCUACUAAAUACUCUUCUGUUGCUAGUCAAUAAAAUCGAGGCGAAGAUGACUGAAAUCGAACUGGUUUUCCCGUACAACCCAACU